GCCCCGCACACCCUCGGCGGCGGCGGCGGCGCGGAGAUGUCGCACCAGGGCAAGAAGAGCGCGACCCGCACCACGAGUGACCAGCUUCUAAUCAAAGGAGGAAAAAUUGUCAACGAUGAUCAGUCAUUUUAUGCAGACAUUUACGUGGAGGACGGUUUAAUAAAACAAAUCGGAGAAAACCUGAAUGUGCCUGGUGGCACCCGGACAGUGGAUGCCCAUGGGCAGCUGGUGAUGCCGGGGGGCAUCGAUGCCCACACGCGGCUGCAGGCGCCGGUGCUGGGGCUGAGCUCGGCCGACGGCUUCUCCCAGGGCACCAAGGCAGCGCUGGCAGGAGGCACCACCAUGAUCAUUGACCACGUGUGCCUGGACGCCGGGACCAGCCUCGUGGCCGCCUUCGAGCAGUGGCGCGGCCGCGCCGACGGCCAGGCCUGCUGCGACUACGGCCUGCACGUGGACAUCCCGCGCUGGCACGAGAGCCUGAGGGAGGAGAUGGAGGCGCUGGUGAAGGACAAGGGUGUGAACUCCUUCCUGGUGUUCAUGGCUUACAAGGACAAGCUGCAGUGCACUGAUGCCCAGAUGUACGAGAUCUUCUGCAUCAUUCGAGACCUGGGGGCCAUCGCCCAAGUGCAUGCGGAGAACGGAGACAUCAUCGAGGAGGAGCAGAAGAGGCUGCUGGAGCUGGGGAUUACAGGGCCAGAGGGCCAUGUCCUGAGCCGCCCCGAGGAGGUGGAGGCAGAGGCCGUGUACCGAGCCAUCACCAUCGCCAGGCAGGCCAACUGCCCCCUCUACAUCACCAAAGUCAUGAGCAAGGGUGCCGCUGAUGUCCUGGCCCAGGCAAAGAGGAAAGGCACAGUGGUGUUCGGGGAGCCCAUCACUGCCAGCCUGGGCACCGACGGAUCCCACUACUGGAGCAAAAACUGGGCCAAAGCCGCUGCCUUUGUCACAUCCCCCCCCAUCAGCCCCGACCCCACCACACCAGAUCACCUCACCACUCUCCUGUCCAGUGGGGACCUGCAGGUCACUGGCAGUGCCCACUGCACCUUCACCACUGCACAGAAGGCCGUGGGCAAGGACAACUUCACCCUCAUCCCCGAGGGCACCAACGGCAUCGAGGAGCGGAUGUCCAUCAUCUGGGAGAAGUGUGUGGUCCCUGGGAAGAUGGAUGAGAAUGAUUUCGUAGCAGUGACCAGCACCAAUGCUGCUAAGAUCUUCAACUGCUACCCUAGAAAGGGACGCAUCGCUGUGGGUGCUGACGCAGACUUGGUCGUGUGGAACCCCAAGGCUACUAAAAUCAUCUCAGCAAAGACCCACAAUUUGAACGUGGAGUACAACAUAUUUGAAGGCACCGAGUGCCACGGGGUCCCAACCGUGGUCAUCAGUCAGGGAAGAGUUGUCCUUGAAGAUGGAAACCUGUGUGUCACCCAGGGAUUGGGUCGCUUCAUUCCUAGAAAGACCUUCCCAGAUUUUGUUUAUAAAAGGAUAAAGGCAAGAAACAGGCUGGCCGAGGUCCAUGGUGUUCCCAGAGGGAUGUAUGAUGGGCCAGUCCAUGAGGUGCCAGCGAGUGUCAGGGCCGCAGCGCCCACGGCCACGUCACGCCUCGCACCCGGCGCCGGCAAAGCCCCGGCUGCCCCCGUGCGCAACCUGCACCAGUCGGGGUUCAGCCUCUCCGGGUCGCAGGCAGAUGACCACAUUGCCCGGCGCACGGCGCAGAAGAUCAUGGCCCCGCCGGGCGGGAGGUCCAACAUCACCUCGCUGUCCUGAGGCUGUCCCUGUGCCACCGUCGUGCCGGUCCCUGCCACCGCCACCACCAGGGUCCCACCGGGGCCAGGCCAGCCGGGAAGGGGACGGUGGGUGCCCUCCGCACAGGAUGACAACGAGCGAGCGCUUUGUCAGCUGUCCCAGCCCUUCCCUCGUAGGUAGAAAGUAGAGUGACCCCCGAGGUAGCACUCCCAGCCUGGAUUCUCCCGUCGGUGUUCCUUCACUAGCUGCUUGGAAAGCCCUUCCCCGUGCAUGUGGCACCAUGAUGUCCCCAGGGCAGCGGGCUCAGCCCUGCUGGGCUGGCUGGGGGCCGGGGCGGAAAUGAAGGCGCAUCCUGGCUGGAUCACGCUCCUUUCCAGCAGCAUCCACUGCCCGUUCUCAUCGAAGGACUUCCAACCGACGAGCACUUCCAUGGUUUCCAUACAGUCAGUCACAUCCCACCUGUCCACAGUGCUCCAGAGCAGCCUUGGCCAUACUCCUGGAGCCACUGUCACCACACUCGUGAGCCACCCCGGUCCGUCUGUCUGUCCGUCCCUCGCUGAUCACAGCUCCAGGGGUGGGUGUGGGCCCCACAUCCUGGGGGCAGAGCAGUGCUGGCUCUCCGGGACCCAGCCAUGCUGUGGGCCUGUGUCCUUCUGUCAGGCUUGUUUUUACAGAUUAUUUAUACAAUUUCUCAAGAACUGAGUGUGGGUCCAGUACCCAAUACCAGGGCUUGUUUGGAGGCCAAGUGCAUAUGGCACACUCUUUUAUAAAGGCUACUAUAACCUGGUUAUUAUAUUUAAAGGUGUGUACAUAGAUUGAACCUCUGGCCACAGAGCCAUGCAUGUACCUCCAGGAACAGCUCGCCCAUUCCUGUCUGCUCCUUGCUUGGAAUAA